UAAAUGAAGUAAGAAAAUCGACCAGGAGGAGACAACAUUCUCGAUUACAGACCACCAUAUGCCACUCAUAAACUCCUCCCUCGACAACUUUAACUUUUUGAUUCAGUGCCAUGAAAAAUAAAAACACAACCACCUAAACCAAACUAAACAAAAGUACCCCCAAAAACAGUAGAAAGAAGAGCACAAAACAAAGAACACAGAUCCUCUCCGGAUCUGUGCAACUAGAGCCCGGGGAUUAAUGGAUUCAGGCCAUUAAAUUUGAUCCAACGGCUACAAACAGGGAGCUCGUCUAAAACUUACAAUACUUAUAGCCGUUAGAUCAAAUUUCAAUGACCUGGAUCCAUUGAUCCCCGAGCUCCGGUGAUCCAAAACAAAAAGGUAAAAAAACAAAAAACAAGAUUCUGCAGCAUAGAUUCCCGAUUUAUUUAGAAACCAAAACAUGAGAUUUAAAUCCCAGGAGAUCAUUCUUUUUUGCCUUUCCCAAUUUCAUCCCACUUUUCUUUUUUUGGCAACCAUCUCUUGCUUGCAAUAUCCAACUUACCCAAUUCCUCCUCUCUCAAGUUUUCUAUAUUCUCCCUCUCUUCUCUCUUUUCGUCUCUCUUCGAUCCAAGAAAGCCAUGAUUCUUCCUCCACAUAUAUAUAAAAUAUAUAUGCACAGAAAGGACGUAAACUCUUCUUUUUCGCAACACCUCCAUCAUUGCUGUUCCUCUUGUGUAGUAUAUCUUGGCUUCUGCAUCAUUGUUUCGAGCCCGGGAGAUUACCUGCAAUCACAACAACCUGCAAACAGAGAAGUGUAGAAGAAGAGAAGUAACUAGGAGCGAUGGGAGUUGGCUCGCUUCGGCAUUCUGCGUUGUUUUUCUUGUUUCUUUUCUUUAGUUCAGGUUCAAGUGUUCCAAAGAAUCCUCCUUUGGAAGCAACCCACCAAAGCAAAACGCAAGUGAAUCAAGAAAAACAUAUAGUUUCCUCAUCUUCGGUGUAUACUACCCAGCUCGAUGAUAUUCCCGUUGUCAAUCCAAGUCCAACAACAACAACUCCCACACCAUUUGCGAACCCGACAAUAUCCCCACCAUCACCAACCACAACUCCUACCACAAUACCACCGACCCCGCCCCUGAGCCCAACAAUUCCCACACCAUUUGCGAACCCGACAAUAUCCCCACCAUCACCAACCACAACUCCAACCACAAUACCCCCGACCCCGCCCCUGAGCCCGACAACUCCCACCACAACUCCAUCAUCCCCAACAACUCCCACCACAACUCCAUCAUCAGGUGGUACUUGGUGUAUUGCAAGCCAAUCUGCUUCACAAAACGCCUUGCAGGUAGCUCUUGAUUAUGCUUGUGGCUAUGGAGGUGCAGACUGUUCAGCAAUUAAUCAAGGUGGAAGCUGUUAUAACCCAAACACUCUUCACGAUCAUGCUUCCUACGCCUUCAACGACUACUAUCAGAAGAACCCAUCUCCUACCAGCUGCAAUUUCGGUGGAACAGCUCAACUCACCAACACUGACCCAAGUACUGGUAGCUGUCACUUUGCAUCUUCCUCAUCAUCAACCAGCAUGAACUCACCACCAACAACAAUGACACCACCAACGCCAACGAUGUCAACAACACCACCAACAACAACAUCCCCAUACACCCCAAGCAUUGCUACACCAGGUGGAGGAUCAACAAUUUAUGGUGACUCGCCAACAGAGUCCCCGAACUCAGCAACCUCUAUCUCAUCUUGCAUGCUACUGCUAUUCAUCAUGACUGGGAUCUUGGGGUCAUUUCUCGCAGAAAAUUAUGUCUAAAGGGAAACUAAGUUUCAGCUAUUCUAUCUGCAGUUAGAUGGCAAACCAUUCAUUUGCCAGCAUCCUACAUAAAGUUCAAUGAGGCCCUGAGAUCAAAAUGAGCUACUAUGUUAUCGCUAGGCCUUGUUCCUCACCAUUUAAAUUACUGCCAUACUUCAUCUAUGUACACCCAAUAGUUGACCAUUAAGCCUAAGGACAGAAAAAGCAUAGAUAUUUUUUAGGUUCUUUUACGUGUAGACAUAUAGGUCCUUUAUCUGCAGUUUUAGUAAUAAAUUAUUAGUUAAGGUCACCAGGCUUCAGCACUUCUUUUAUUUAUAAACCGAUAAAAUGCUUACU